CAGUCUGAGUGUGGAAGAGACGGCGCUGGAACCCAUGGACACGGCGUAUCCCCGCGAGGACCCCCGGGCCCCCACACCCAGCAAGGCCGGUGCCCACACAGCCCUCACACUGGGGGCCCCGCACCCCCCGCCUCGAGACCACCUGAUCUGGUCGGUGUUCAGCACCCUCUACCUGAACCUGUGUUGCCUCGGCUUCCUGGCACUGGCCUAUUCCAUCAAGGCCCGAGAUCAGAAGGUGGUUGGUGACCUGGAAGCGGCCCGGCGUUUUGGCUCCAAAGCCAAGUGCUACAACAUCCUGGCUGCGAUGUGGACGCUGGUGCCGCCACUGCUGCUCCUGGGGCUGGUGGUGACUGGUGCCCUGCACCUGGCCCGGCUGGCCAAGGACUCUGCCGCCUUCUUCAGCACCAAGUUUGAUGACGCGGACUAUGACUGACAGGCUGGGUCCUGAUCUGGGGCACUAGCCCCAGGACACUGACCCCAGGCUGCUGCCCCUGGGGCUCAAUACUGACUCCCCGGAGCCUGGCCCUCCUUCUGUGGGGCCUCCAUCCCUGCCCCAUCCUGAUCCUGGGGGCCCUCCAGCCCCAACAUGGGCACCUAAGGCUGAACCAGUCAGACCCCAGGGUCCUCACCCUAACCUGAGGUUUCCCGGGCCCUAACUCUGCCCCCAACCCUGCCCCUCCCUCCUCACACUCCAGGACCCUCGGUUCCAUGAUUAAAAGUGCCUGGUUCCAGAAA